AUGGACGUGCCCCUCGUCUGCGACUACGGCUCGGGCUUCAGCAAGGUGGGCUUUGCGGGCAUGGAAACCCCCCUGGCCGUGUUCCCCACCCUCCUCGGGAAACUUCGACACGACAAUCCGCUGGUGGGGAUGGGCGAGGAGGACUGGUUCCUCGGAGACGAGGCUCAGCAUAAGCGAGGGGAACUUAGCCUACAAUAUCCCAUCUCCCGGGCAACCGUCACGAACUGGGCCAACAUGGAGAAGAUAUGGCAUCACUCCUACCAGGCGCUCCGCGUCGCCCCGGAGCAGCAUCCUCUCAUGGUGACGGAGCCGCCUUUAAACACAAUGUCCAACAAAGAGAAGAUGUCACAGAUCCUGUUUGAGACCUUCAACGUGCCCGCCCUGUACUUAGCCAACCUGGGAGUCCUUUCUCUAUACGCCUCCGGCCAGACCUCCGGAACAGCCAUUGAGUCUGGAGAAGGAAUGACGUACUUUGUGCCCAUCAUUGAUGGCUGUCCUUUGCAUCAGUCAACCAUCCAGAUGGACAUGGCAGGCCAAGACCUAACCUCGUAUCUCCUGCAACUAUUGACAGGCGGUGGGCACUCGUUGGUGAGCACAGGCGACCGGGAGCACGUCCGGAGCAUAAAAGAACAAUACUGCUACGUGGCUUUGGACUUUGACAAGGAAAAAGUAAAAACGGACGCGCCUUCCUACGCCCAGAAAGUUCAGCUGCCCGAUGGCCAGGAGGUCACCCUCGGGCAGGAGAAGUUCUUCUGCCCCGAAGCGCUUUUCCAGGCGGACCUCAUGGGGAGAAACGACCUGGGCAUCCAUAUGAAGGCCUUCCAGAGCAUCAGCUCCUGCAGCCCCGCCCUCUGGAAGAUUCUCUUCGGCCACAUUGUCUUGUCUGGAGGUACCGGCUCCUGUUCCGGCCUGCGGUUCCGGAUGCAGAGAGAAAUAUCCACCCUGGUUUCCCCUACAAUUAACGUGAAGGUAUCCACCUGCCCCAACUCCACGUACGGCGCCUGGGUCGGGGGUUCCAUCCUGUGCUCGCUUUCCACCUUCAAGGACAUGUGGGUCACCAGCCAGGAGUAUAAGGACAUCGGUUCCUCUGUCAUCAGCAGGAGAAGCUUCUGCUUUGUGGCUUUGUGGAUGCCAUCUUCUGGCCCACCGAUGCCAACUCCACCUUGGCCGGGCUGA